UAGCCGUAGAAUUUGCGGAUGUCGUGUAUUUGAUUGCGUGUGCCUUGACGGGGCACGGGGGUAGCAAAAAACUGGUGAAGGGCAAGCUGAGCUGGUGUACUGGUGUAGUUGGAGUACAGAGAAGAGCCGUAUGUAAUAAUAAAGUGUAGAAAAGUGAACCGAGUCUGAAGUGAAGAUCGGUGGGUCGCGGCACGGGUGCAUGGGAGAGAAGAGAGGUGCUCUUACACGUACGUUACAUGUAUAGUGUGUAGUGCAGCCAGCCACGGGUAGUCGAGAGUCGAGGAAACGACAGAGGAACCGUGAGUUUUGUUGAGUCGAGUCGGAGCAGAACGAGCGUGGUGCUGGCGAGAGAGAGGUUCACCAAGACGACUUGGUGCCGUGGAUGGUCGGCGGGUCGGACGACCGUGCUCGAGUCUACUACCUAUAAUUCCCAAAUCCGUCGUGUCGUUUAAUCCCGUUAACCCAUUGGUGAUCUACGUCCAUAAAUAUAUAAAAAAUAUAUUAAAUAUAUUUUGUGUGUGUGUGUGUGUGUGUGUAUUAAAUAUAUAAAAUCACCCAACAGCAGCUGUGUACGUGUGUGGAUACAUAUACAUACACAUAAGAUUGACAGAAGUGAGAGCGUGAUACCCCAGGACAGAGAGGGAGUGAAAAAGAGGGAGCGAACUGGGUGUCGAAGUUGGUGAGCGCGGAGGACAAGUGCCGGGAGCUCUUUCGGAGCUCCUCUUGUGUUGUGACGUUGGUAACGUAGGUGAAGAAACGUUGGUUUAGGAAAAAAUUCAGGAGAAGUAAGAAGACAAGAGGCUGCUGGUGAACGUAGGACAAUCCGAGAACAAUCAUGUCUGACAGAGAGAGCUUGGACGACCAGCCGCAAAAGUAUGGAAACUCUAGCAUGGAUGCUGGAGGAGCUGACUUUGACGCUGGUCAGCAUGGACAACAGAGUGAGCAGGAGCUCGCGACUAAGAUGCUGCAAAUACAAAGCAAGCGAUUCUACCUCGAUGUCAAACAAAACAGACGCGGGAGAUUUAUCAAAGUUGCUGAGAUCGGAGCAGAUGGCAGGCGUAGUCAAAUAUUUCUAGCCUUAAGUACAGCGUCAGAAUUCCGUGAUCAUCUCUCGACGUUCAGUGAUUUUUACGCGUCGCUAGGUCCACCCAAUCCAGAGAAUGUACCAGAUGACGGAAAACUUAAAUCAGAAAUGAUGGUAAAAGAUAAUAGGCGGUAUUACUUGGACCUUAAAGAAAAUUCUCGUGGUCGUUUUCUACGAGUAUCUCAAACGAUAACACGAGGUGGUCCAAGGACACAAAUAGCCAUACCUGCUCAAGGAAUGAUCGAGUUUCGUGACGCGCUGACGGACCUCCUGGAAGAGUUUGGAGUCGAUGACGGUGGAUUUAAAGGGGACUUACCCGAGGGUCGUUAUAUGCGUGUUGACAACAAAAACUUUUAUUUCGAUAUUGGACAAAACAACCGCGGUAUUUACAUGAGAAUUUCCGAAGUAAAAACAAACUUCAGAACAGCCAUAACUGUGCCGGAAAAAUCUUGGUCGCGGUUUCGUGAUAUAUUUGCAGAUUACUGUGAAAAAAUGAAAGAAGGUGGUGGAGGUAAUAGCUCCUCUGGAAUAGGUUCAUCUGGAUUAUCUGACAGCAAGGGUACCGUAGGAUCCGGGCAACAGGUAUCACCAACUUCCGCCUCUUCGCCUAAUCCAAAUCCGAAUUUAGACUCAAACUUAAUCAAGUGAAAAAGGUUUUAGAAACCUCAACUCGAAAAUUUGAAUUAUUAACAACAUAACAGCAACAACAGCAACAACAUCAACAACUUUAAAAACUAAAACAGCUACAUCUACAACUCGUUCUCGCUAAUAUUAAAAUCCAACUUGUCAGAGCAUAUAUAUAUUUACAUCAUCAUCACCACUAUCAUCGUAAUCAUCGCGCCGGCGCUGUCGUCACCGUCAUCAAAACAUCGUCAUCGUUGCCGUCGUACCGUCAUCAUCAUAUAAACACACGACACUAUUAAAUAUAUACAACUAUAGACACGUA